AUGAAGACCAAAUUCGUACUUCCAGCACAACAUCAGCACCGGCACGACAAUCUGUCGCGCAUAAAGCGGGCACUAUGGGAUCUAGAGCAGGAGUCCAAGGUCUCUGGCAUGAGUAACGGUGAAGCAGCAACAUACCGUCCGGUUUCUUCGACAUCGAGAGUCAACCAGGCAUCACACAGCCACUCAAUCACCAGCUUGAGCAUAUAUCCGUUCGACCCGACACCAACCACCCUGUUAUCCACAUCCUACGAUCAGUCUCUUCUCCUUACACAGAUCACACCCACCGACCUGACACCUCUGCACAAAUUCCCGCUCGACUUUGCGACGUAUUGUCAUGCUGUCUCGCCCGUACCAGACGCUUCCGGACUUGUAGCUGUUGGUACCGCCCACCCAGCACCAAGGCUCAUCGAUCUUCGAUCCGCAUUGGCAACGCACGCACUCCCAGGUCAUUCGGGCGCCAUUUAUAGCCUGGCCUGGCAUCCACGGCAAGCUCAUGUCCUAAUCUCUAGCUCCAGCAGUGGACAAAUCCUCUGCUUCGACAUCCGUCGUGCCAGCCCAGCAUUCGCAUCUUUCGACGUCGAUGACUCCCUCGGUGUCGUAGACGCAGAGAGUACAUUCUCUCGUCCUGUCCUAGACUACAACCAUCGUGCACACGGAGACGCCAUUACGGCGAUUCUAUUCAACCACGACGGCAGCAAAUUGAUUAGCGCUAGUCAGGACCAGCGAAUCCGUGUAUGGGACGUCAAGACGGGACGCAACGACCUCGUCCAUUUCGGGCCGCGAAUACGCAACAGCAGACAUGGGGAGUUCAAGCCCAUUUUGGCUCCAGUAGGAACAAGCGGUAUCAAAGCUGGGCAAGAAACAUUGUUCUGGCCCAAUGACGAUGGCCGAGGAGAGAUCUUCAUGCAAGAUCUGCGUGAGGGAUCACUCCUACGAGUACUCAAGACACAGGGUAUAGUCCAAGUUGUUCCCGGUGCAGGCCCAGCACGUAGAGGACGAGGCAAGAAAAGCGCCGCCGCAGAAAUUCAGAACGUCAACAAAAUAACAAGCGGAGGACGGAUCAACUCCUUGGCUUUUCGACCUGUGAGAAGCGAGGAGGGCUAUGGUGGGACAGUGGAGAUGUACUCUGCACAUGGGGACGGCAGGAUAUACGCGUGGAAACCAAGACUCGAACCUGGCAUUGAUGAGGACGAAGUGGCUGGCGAAAUCUCAGGCGACGAAGGUGAAGAACAAGGAAUCAGCACACCAACAAAGAGGAAGACAGAAGAAGAAGUCGAUGAGGAGCGCAGAAGCAAGAGAAAGAGACAAUUGAUACAAGGCUUGGUCGAAGGGCUGACGAAACGGCCUGUGACAUUUUCGUAG